AUGAUGAACGUAUCUGAAGCGACUAAAACGGCAGCCAAGAUUUACGCCAAAGCAAACGACGCCUUUUUCGACGACGAUUAUGAUGAAGCUGUACAACUGUUCACUGAGAUUAUUAAACUUGAACCUGAAAAUGCCGAGUUUCUUUUACGACGCUGUCAAGUAUAUCAAAAACUUAAUCGCUUGAACGAUGCCUUGAGAGACGCGGAAAAGGCAUUGCAGUUGUUAGCUCAAGGAUCUCGCAGUCUAUUAGCUCGAGCCCAUUUGCAGUUAGGAAUCAUUCUGCACCGUUUAGAACGUUAUACCGAAGCUCAGAAGCAUCUUGAACAAUCCAAGGAAUUGAACCCCAAUGAAAAGACUUUGGUUACUUGGCUUAGAAAGAAUACAGAAAAGGUACCCAAAGUAGAGGAAGUGAAAAAAGAAAGUGAACAGAUUGACACCAAAGCACCUGUUGCAGCAUCUUCCAAACUAACUGCGAGAUACGAAUGGUUCCAAAACGACACAUAUAUCACUAUUGAAGUUUUCAUUAAAAAGGUGAACCCUGAUGACGUUGAAUUGAAUUUUUUCGAAGAUUCUUUAUCUCUCACUGUGAAAUUAUCAACUGGAUCUGAUUUUUCAUUGGAAUUGGAUCCUCUUGCUCAUAAAAUCAUACCCACAGAAUCGAGAUACACUGUUCUUUCCACGAAGAUUGAGAUCAAGUUAAAGAAAGCGGACAUAGGCAUUAUGUGGGGCGCUUUAGAAGGUGAAGAUAAUAAAGGCUUCUCUGCCCCCAUUGCUAAAGGCAGUGGAAUCAACAAUGCACCUAGUAAAGCCUAUGCUAGAAAUUGGGAUAAAGUCACCAAAGAAUUAGAUGAGGACAAGCCAGAAGGUGAACAAGCCUUAAAUGCCUUGUUCCAACAAAUUUAUAAAGAUGCUGAUCCUGAUACUAAAAGAGCUAUGAUGAAGAGUUUUAUUGAAAGCAACGGUACUUGUCUGUCCACGAACUGGGAAGAAGUUGGCAGUAAGAAGGUUGAAACACGGCCACCUGAUGGGAUGGUCGCCAAAAAGUAUACUGAAUAA